AUACAAAACUUGUCUCUUAAUUAAAUUCAUUAUCAUUGUAAAUACAAUAUAUAGCAAUGUAUUAUAAAGUUGCAAAGGCAUCGGAGUAUCUGGCAAUCACCGGAGCUGGAAUCAACGAUGUAAAACUCUUGAAAAAGGCAUGGAUUUUACCAGGUCAAUCAUGUACAGUCUUCGAUUUGUCUCCGGUCAAUUACACCUUCGAAGUCCAAGCCAUGAGCGCCGAGAAGCUCCCUUUCAUCCUCCCCGCCAUCUUCACCAUCGGUCCUCGCAUGGACGACAUGAAGAGUCUUGAACUUUAUGCCAAGCUCAUGUCGACCCACGACAGGCUCUCUAACCACGUUAAAGAGCUUGUCCAGGGAGUCAUCGAGGGCGAGACACGUGUUCUUGCUGCCUCGAUGACUAUGGAACAGAUCUUUAGAGGUACUAAAGAGUUUAAAAGAGAAGUGUUUGAUAAAGUUCAACUCGAACUUAAUCAAUUUGGGCUUUUAAUUUACAACGCUAAUGUGAAACAACUCGUUGAUGUGCCGGGACACGAGUAUUUCUCUUAUUUAGGGCAAAAGACUCAGAUGGAAGCGGCGAAUCAGGCUAAGAUUGAUGUGUCUGAGGCUAAGAUGAAAGGAGAGAUUGGAUCUAAACUCAGACAAGGUCAAACGGUUCAAAAUGCGGCCAAAAUCGACGCGGAGACAAAGAUUUUGUCGACGCAAAGGCAAGGAGAAGGUAUGAAGGAAGAGAUUAAGGUUAGGAGUGAAGUGAAGGUGUUUGAGAAUGCGAGAGAGGCUGAGGUGGCUGAGGCUAACGCUGAGCUGGCUAUGAAGAAGGCCGCGUUAACUAGGGAUGCACAAGUGGCGGAGGUUGAGGCGGCCAAGACGGUGGCAAUUAGGGAAGCUGAGCUUCAAAAAGAAGUUGAGAGAAUGAAUGCUUUGACAAUGACUGAGAAACUCAAGGCUGAGUUCCUCACCAAAGCUAGUGUUGAAUAUGACAUUAAGGUGCAAGAAGCAAAUUGGGAGCUGUACAAGAAGCAAAAAGAAGCAGAAGCAAUUUUUUACGAAAAACAGAAAGAGGCAGAGGCAAAAAAGGCGAUAGCCGAAGCCGAGCUAUACGCACGGCAACAAGCGGCGGAGGGAGAAUUGUAUGCAAAGAAGAAGGAGGCAGAGGGACUCAUUGCUUUGGGUUCAGCUCAAGCCACAUAUGUAACCACUCUUCUACAAUCUCUUGGAGGUAACUACCAUGCUUUGAGAGACUAUCUCAUGAUUAACAAUGGUAUGUUUCAACACAUUGCCAAGAUCAAUGCUGAUGCUGUUCGUGGUCUUCAACCCAAGAUUAGUGUAUGGACUAACGGUAACGGUAAUGAAGGAGAUAAUAACAAUAAGGCUAUGAAAGAGGUUGCUGGAGUUUAUCAAAUGUUACCACCGUUAUUUAAGACAGUUCAAGAACAGACUGGAAUGUUACCACCAUCUUGGAUGGGAACCUUGUCCAAUGAUUCUCUUAAAGACUAAUCUUGAUAACUUUAUUAUCUCUUUUUUGGAUUUUAUUAUAUAUUUGUUUUGUUCAAGAGUUUUUUGUUUGUUGUUUUGUAAUUUCAUGGCAUAGUGUUUGAUAUGCUUUUAAAAAUGAUGUAAAGGGAUUAUUAUAUUAUAUAAUAAA